UACUCGACGACGAGAACACUCAGUACCUCAAAGAGGACACUCUGGUGUUCAGGGUAUCUGUACAAGUACCCCAACUACAAGCCGUGGCUGGAGCCAACCAUUUGAAACUGUUUGUGCUUACAUGUAUUGUUACACAAAUUUAUUUUAACUUUUGAUCUGUAUUGAUUUUUUGGUUUUGGAGUGUUGAUUAUUGAUCUGCUGGUUUAAGUUAAAGUGGUGGUUUUUCUAUCUCAUUGUUUUCGAGACGUGGGUCAGUUGGUUUAUUUGUCUGUUAGUUUGUGGCAUGUGAGUCUACUCCCAUAGCGCUGCGUUUACAGCAUGGAUAGCCUUCAUACAACAGUGGCAGAUUUUGAUGUUAAAACUUCGUUGUCGAGCAAAAGCUAAAAAGCUUGAACUUGCACGUUGGCUGCAUGGCCUCUAGCUACAUGCGUCCUUUAUUCGAGGCACAUAUUUACAGCUGAAGUGAUCCUGUACCAGGAACAAUGCAGCUUCCAUGCUUCAUACAUACUACUGUAUUUAUGUAAAUAUUUGAGGGUUAGCACUUUAGUGCUCUAGAACUGUUUUUAGAAGCCCUCAGGGCUAGUAGAACCCUCACUACGUUAGGGAUACUACAACCAGCCCUUUGGUCUGUCCUAAACAGUGUCUAAGCAUUUUAGAUCUUAGCAACCACGAGUCUCUAGCCAAUCAGAUUUGAAUGUAAUCUUUACUACAUGAUCAAUUAAAGAUUACAUGAUUUUCUAGAACACUUCCUCUAACCAAUCAGAUUGUAGUAUUUCUGAAGGACUCUUGGUUCUAUAACAUGAUGUACAUUACAUACACUUUCGUAUGCUCUCUCUUCAGUGCAUAUAAGGGAAGGGAUGAUUUAUUGCAUGAUACCUCCAAGUAACGUAUAGCGAAUAAUUUUCGUGGGGUAAAAAAUUAGUUUAACUUCAAAUACUGCUUUAGGUAGUCAGUUACUUUGGGAGGGGCUAGUCCUAGUGCAUGCUCCAGCAGGAUCACUAUAAUUACAUAUACCUUGAGAGGAGGGAUUUUGGACCACUGAAUCUGGCAUGUUUCAUCUUGCCUGGUCACCACAUCACUAUGUGCUACACUAUAUAAGGAAGCAAUGCUGCAGCCUUGACCACUCUCAACUGGCCACCAUGUCCAACACUUUCCACUUCACCUGCUCCCUAGAAUCAAGCAACCUGUCCAAGACUGUGACAUUUCGAAUGACUGAUUUUCUGAAACAUAAGAGUGACAAAGAUUUGUUUUACAGCCCUCCAUUUUAUACGUCUCACACUACUGGCUACAAGAUGUGCUUGUGGAUUGACGCUGAUGGCUGGGAUGACGGUGAUGGCACUCAUGUUUCAGUGAGUUACCAUCUCAUGAAGGGGGACAAUGAUGACUCCCUGUCCUGGCCCUUCACCGGCGGGAGGGUCACAAUCGAAAUACUAAAUCAACUGGAGGAUGAUAACCACUACAAAGAGAUGAAUCCAUUCAAAACGGGCAUUAGGAGAGUAGUGGGUGGUGAGACAGCAAAAUUUGGAGGUGGUUGGGCGCAGUUCAUCUCCCACGCUGACCUCGACUACGAUGCUAAGACGAACACUCAGUACCUCAAAGACGACACUCUGGUGUUCAGGGUAUCAGUAAAAAUACCCAACUACAAGCCGUGGCUGGAGCCAACCAUUUGAAACUGAAACACUUUCUUGCUUAUUGUUGUAUAUCGUUGUUCUCGUUUUAACUGCAUUUACUAGUUUUUGGAGUUUAUUAUUAUUAUUGAGUUCUGCUGAUUUUUGUGGGUUAUUGUAUGACUUAAAUAUUAUUAUACUAUACAAUACACUAUCUCUGGUGUCCGUAUAGCGGGUAACUUUCGUGGGGUGAAAAAUUUGUUUAACAGGAAAACGGUGAUUUUCCUGAGUAUAAAUUUCAUUGCAUGCCAGAGGAGGCUGGACACGCGUCAUCCGUAGUCAUCCGUUAGUCAUCAAUAAUCUCAUGAAUACGCUUAAAAUCGAUUCUUUUUCGGUCCUGCUGAGUCAGCAUUUUACCUUUCUUGUCUAUCUCUCUUGUAUUAUAUCUCCUGCAUGUUAGUUUAUGAGUCGUAGUAGUUUAAUAAUAUGAUUGCUAUACCUGCUACAUCAAGACAGGAGUAAAAAAACAAAGGCAAGUGCAGCAACAACUCGAUGUUUGUGACUAAUCUAAGUUUCUGGCUCAUUGCUUCUAGUAUGACUAUGCUACUCAGUUUCUAGUUUCACUGGGUAUUUUUAGCAUCAUUUACUACUAGUAUGCAUCUGUGUGUAGCAAAGGUCAAAUGUACUCAAUUAGAUCACUAAUUGUACCCCACCCCCACACACACACUCACCACAACCCCACCCCCACACACACUCACCACAACCCCACCCCCACACACACACUCACCACAACCC